CGGAGCCUCCGUCCCGCCGCGCGCGUUAGCUGUCUGUGUCUCGGCCACUGCCUCCAGGCAGCCCGCAGCAAGCCGGCUUCGUGGCCCGACGAGCUCAGCGUCCUCUCACCGCGAUGCUGUGCUUUCUUAGGGGAAUGGCUUUCGUCCCCUUCCUCCUGGUGACUUGGUCGUCCGCAGCCUUCAUCAUCUCCUACGUGGUCGCGGUGCUCUCGGGGCACGUCAACCCCUUUCUCCCCUAUAUCAGUGACACAGGAACAACUCCUCCAGAGAGUGGUAUUUUUGGAUUCAUGAUAAACUUCUCUGCAUUUCUUGGCGCAGCUACGAUGUACACAAGGUAUAAGAUCGUGGAGAAGCAGAACGAGACCUGCUACUUCGGCACCCCCGUUUUUAACUUGGUGUCCUUGGUGCUCGGACUGGUGGGAUGCAUCGGAAUGGGCAUCGUAGCUAACUUCCAGGAAUUAGCAGUGCCUGUGGUCCACGAUGGCGGUGCCCUUCUGGCUUUCGUCUGCGGUGUGGUAUACACGCUCCUGCAAUCGAUCAUCUCCUACAAAUCAUGUCCCCAGUGGAACAGCCUCACCACGUGCCAUGUCAGGAUGGCCAUCUCCGCCGUUUCCUGCGCAGCUGUCGUCCCCAUGAUUGCCUGUGCUUCACUAAUUUCUAUAACCAAGUUGGAAUGGAAUCCAAAAGAAAAGGAUUAUAUGUAUCAUGUGGUGAGCGCCAUCUGUGAGUGGACCGUUGCUUUUGGUUUUAUUUUCUAUUUCCUAACAUUCAUCCAAGAUUUCCAGAGUGUCACCCUAAGGAUAUCCACAGAAAUCAAUGAUGACUUUUGAAAGAGCGAGAAUCCUGUCUCUCUCAGGGAGUGUCACAGACGGUUUCUGGAAGUGACAGAGGACGGACGGGCUUGGAUGUCACCCUGAUCGGGACAUAUCUGUGGCACAUCUGGGACUUGAAUUUCAUUAAGAAUUCCUAGUAGUUGUUCAAUUUACAAAGGUAUGUUUCCCCUGGAGAAUGUAUGGCAUUGACAACACUGUAAAAUAUUUUUAUAUUUCCUAAGACAAUCUUUUACGAACAAAGUCGUACGCAGAGAAGAUGAGGCAUUGCAGAGAGGGGAGAAUUAUUCUUGGAUAUAUUCUUUAGGCUUUUUAUGUAAGAAUGACUUAUGAAAAUACACUAAGAGAAAAGAAUGUCAAGUUUAGUACUUUUUAUUAAAGAAGUCAAACCCAGGGGACAUUCACUUUAAAAUCUCACUUUUUAAAUAGUCACCUGCGUAUAUUUUCAUCACAAGAGCAUUUAUACAAUUCAAUCCAUAGUGAUUAUAUACCCUGAUGGUAUAGAUUUAGGUAAUAAAUCAACACUUAAAGCACUCUGAAUUUUCAGUGCAUUAAACAAAUGCUUCUAUAGUUAAGGCCUCAAAACCAUUUACAGUGCACAUUAACCAGCGAAUGUGGAAGACCUCGGUUUGAAAACAGCCUCCUCAAUUGCUCGUCCCAGGGACCCACAGCAUUACUGCCGCUGUUAACUGGUGGGCCCAGGACCUAAUUCCAGGUAGGAUGGGCUCAUCAGGGCCGCUUAGGAAUGAUAAAACUGCCCUUCGCUCACAAGUUAAACUCCCUUCUCAGUUUCCCUGUAAGCCAGUCAAAGCGAGCGCAGAUCCAAGUCAGGGAGAAAGGAGAGCACUCACAGAAACGUCCAGAUGUAGGCUGCUGUUCAGUGCUGGUGGCCACUGUUCUAUGACACUAUAGAGGAGAUGGGUCAGGUGGCAAGGUCCGGAGACCACACCUUUCAUCCAGGUCACCAAUGGCAAAGAAACGUCAGCUGCUGUCGAGGAGGAAGUGGCUAAAAAGAGUCCCAAGCUCCAUAUCUAAGUCUGGGCACGUGCCAAGGGCAGAGCAGCCCAUUUGGACAGCCUUGGUGAAGGGGCGCCGGGAGAUGCAGGGUCGUGCAGCCCUGCCUCCUUUGGCUGCUAAGCGAAGGGUGUGGCUCAGCAGCCACUUCCGCCAUGACACCCCGUGUCUUCCUCAGUGCGCAGUGGUGACCACCAACAUCCGUUUGAGUCCCCUGUAACCUUUCACAGUCCCGAACAUCCCCCUUGUAAUCCUGAAACAGAAAGACAGUGGCUGUCUUCAUUCGGAAGAGAAAGAGGAGCCUGAUAUAUUUCCUGUGGAAGCCGUGGUGGACUGAAUCCAUGUGGUCCUUUGCUUUGAGGGGGGACAUUGUUGAGGCUUUCCCAGAAUGCACGUGGCUCUCUGCGCUUCCACUGGAGAGCCGACCAAGUGCCUUUACCCAGAGUGGAACACCGUGCCUCCUGGCACACAAUAGGUGCUUAAUAAAUACUCAAUGUACGUCUGCAUAAAUGAGUGAACAAUUCAAGUGAUGACUAGGGAUGUUUGCGGUGCUAAGGGGUUGAUUUACUCCAGUUUCACGGUUUUUCUGAUGCAAACAGUCUGUGCCAACUAGUAACGUUGUCCGUUUUGCUUUGUGAACCAUUCUCAUUUCAACCUGUUCCAGUUGUGUGGGCUCCAUGAUUCUGUGACAACUCUCUUCUGGACAGAUACCACAGAAAUUGUUUCAUGGGCUAGACCUGUCUUGGCAAACCGAGAAGGCCCCAAAUCACCCCAAGUCACACACUGCUGAUUCCACGCGACUUGUAACGUUAUUCCCGUUUUGGUGUUUAAUUUCUACAAAUGUGUGUAUUUCCUUGGACUUCGUACCUGAGAAAAUAAAAUAUUUCUUUAUUUUAGUAA